AUGUCCAUUCCUGAGCACCCGCAAAGUCGCAAGUCCUGGCCAGCCCUUGGCCUCCCGCCAGUUGCACCAUGGCUGCCGCAGCUGCAGGCUGCUGGCGGGGCUGCUGACUCAGGGCCCGCUGCGAGGCGAGCGUUCGCGGGUAGCCCGACCCGCGAGGACAGCACCACUGGAGCCGUUUGCUUCAGGCCGCUGGAAGCAGGGCGUAUCGGCAUGCGCGGCAAGCGUGCCCUGAGGCGUGCUGUGCGGCUCGCGUUGGUGGUGGGCGCUGCUUGGUACCGAGCUCGGAACGACGCUACUUGCUUCAAAGAGAGGACGGUGCGGCUCUGGAGCUUCAAUGCUGAAUCACUCCGCCGCAUAGGUCGAUUGGAGGAGCUUCUCGAGCUGGCGAAGGCAGAGAACGUGGCCAUCUUUGCGAUGCAGGGCACCCAGAUGGACUUAGGCAUGUCUUGGCAGUCGUGCGGCUACAGCGUCCACUCUCACCCUCGUUCGGGAGUCGGCCACCGUGACGGCUGCCUCAUCGCCAUCAGCGCGCGCCACUUCAAGCCUGGCGAGAUAAGGUGCGAGCAUUCGUGGCUGCCUGGUAGGCUCCAAGGCAUUCGGAUUCGCAGCCUUGGCCACAGUCGAUUUGAGCGCGACCUCUACAUCCUGAACGGCUACGCGCCCACCAAUGACCCUGGACGGCCCCCGAACGGCGUGGAUGCUGGCGCCUUCCGCGAAGUCCAGGAGGGCAUCGAGGCGAUGAGCUUGCAGGAGGAUUGGAUUGACGUCUGCGGCAGUGGCAAACGCUUUGCCGACCCCUCCGAGUACUUCAACGCGAUGGAGGGCGUCAUCAUUGAGGCCGCCUCCAAGGACUACAUCGACUUGCCACAGCCGCGGGGUGCUUCUACGGGGCCAGUCUUCUCGGAGGCCACUAUGCGACUCAUCAUGAUGAAGCAUCAUUGGCAGUAUCAACUGGCCGCUCUCUCUUCGGGCUCGAGAUGGCUGGCCCUUUUCUUCCACCAGAAGUUCCUAGAGGCGCCCGAGAUCUGCACCAAGGCCAUCAGGAGUGAGAAGCGGCAGCGUAUGGCACAUCGUGCAGCAUUUGCCGAGCGCUCGGCUGGCGAGAAUAACCUACGGCGCCUGUCCUCCAUCGUCCGCCGUCUCGCACCCAAGCCACCUGCACCCAUCGUGACCGUCAACGGCCCGCAGACAGGCGAUGGGAAGUCUGCCAUGAACGGCUACCGCACCAUCAGCCUCAUCAACCACAUAGGCAAGGUCUUCGCGCGGGUCACCGCCCUCGACGCCAUGCGCGAUAUCUCCUACAGGAUCUCCCCGACCCAGUUCGGCGCCAUGCCAGGCCGUGGCACUCGGGACGCAAUUUCGGUUGCGAUGGAGGUCAUCACCCGUCAUCAGCAUGCCCAUCGAGUCCGAGUACGCGGACGAGCCACGGACCCCCCUCCUAUGCUGCUGGUCAUCCUUACUGACUUGGAGAAGGCCUUCGACAUCAUCGCACGGCAGUCCAUCUGGGAUAGCCUGGAGUCCCUCCAGCUACGGCCUGAUGCACGUGAGACGCUAGAGGAGCUCCAUGACGGCAUGUGCUACCUCUAUCGUGACGUGCGCACUCGCCUACCUUGCUCUCGCAUUCAUGUCCAGCGCGGCGUCCGCCAGGGAGGAGUGGAAAGCCCUGGUCUCUUUGUUGCUGCUUAUGACAAGCUAGUUGCCGAGGUGGCAGAACGUCAGCGCGAGAAUGAGUUUCCUGGGAUCUUCGUUUACUUUGACCCCAGCCUCAAGAAGAUCCGCACCUCGGAUCCGCUGCUGAAUGACUCCUGCGAUUGCCUGGACGUUACCCACCUCAAGUUCCUAGACGACCUGCUGACGUUUGGAGAGGUAAACCACUUUGACGAGGCGCCCCAGCUGCUUGACUUAGUGAACGGCGAGAUCUCCUUCGGUGGCAUGAAGGUCAACGCGAACAAGACCGAGCUACUCCUCAUCCCCAGCGGCACGGGAAGCAAGAGACGCCAGAAGUCCAUCAACUCACACUCCACGGGCAUCGUGACCUGGCAGGAUGACGAGGCCCUCGCCGUGCACCCGCAGCCGACGGUCAAGUACUUAGGCGUUCGCAUGGCCGCAUCAGGCAGCUACCAGACUGAGAUUACCCACCGGCGCACGAGCAGCUGGAGGCCCGCCGCCUCUUCCUUCUUCACGGUGACCUACCUGACCUUGCUGAGCCGUGGCUUCGCUGGCUUGCCUCCUGUGAGCAGCGCUGCUUCCGUCGUGUUCUCACCUUUGGCGAGGCUCAAGCAGAUUCACAACUUGAGCUUGCAGCAUCUCCUCCUGUCCCUGCCAGUUAUGUUCCAGCCGAUCGCGGAGGUGCAGGUGGCAGCCAGCCAGAAGAAGCGCGCGGCGGCUCCGAACCCAGAGGACAAGGGCGAGGGCAACGACAUCGUGGGCCCGCUGGCCAAGGCACUCGUCAGGCUCGCCCUCCAGCACGAGGACCUCGCUCGAGCAGGUCACCGAGACGACAACUUCGCGAUGGUUCUCAAGCCGCAGUGCGCUCUGGCGAACGCGCUGGAGCAGGCCAUCACGACGUGCGAGGACGAGGGUCGCAAGGCCAAGGAGAAGGCGAGCGAGCAGGGCAGCCAGUUUUUGGGCAACCCGCUGGGCAAGCGGCCCGACGCGCUGGCCCGCGCCGUGGUCUUUCGCAUCAUGGAGGCGGUGCUCCUCAAUAGGCAGCAGGUGACGGAGGCCGUGUCGCAGGGGGCCGGACCCGAGGCAGCGCAGGCAGCGCUGGAGGUGCUGCUGCAGAUGGGCAAGCUGGCACAGAACACCGAGGCGAAGUUCGUGGCCACUCGCUGCUUUCGGAUCCAGGCCAGCCGCAACGAGGGCGACAGCAACGAGGAGGGCGAGACCAGGUGGAUCUUCGCGGUGAAUCACUACCCAGGGUUCAAGGCAGCGCUCAACACGCUGCGGACCAACGGAGCCUUGGCCGCCGCGGGUAUCGUCCUCCAGUUCGACAUCGCGACGAGGUCCAAGGCAGCCAAGCUGGUAGAGACCCUGGCGAUCCGCUCGGGCAGUGGCUCCGCCAGCGGCGGCAAGAAGAAGCAGAAACGCAAGGAAAUGAUGUUCCCUCGGUCCGAAUUCGUCAAGAAGCCCGUGCUCGGCACCCUCGCCGCCGCCGCGCUCGGCCGGCGCACGAGGGCCCAGCGGCGGCCGACCGCGGUCCGGGCGCAGCCCGUCGCCGUGGAGGAGAAGAGAUUCCCGAUCCUGUCCUCGAGGCCGCCGGUGGGAAAGUUCCCGAAGCUGCCGGAGAGCGUCCACCCUGGCGUUGUCACGGGCAGAUGCCUCGACGCCUUGCUGAAUUGGGCCAAGGACAACAAUUACGCCAUCCCGGCCGUGAACUGCACCUCCUCCUCCACGAUCAACGCCUGCCUCGAGGCCGCCCGCAAGGCGGAUUCCCCCAUCAUCAUCCAGUUCUCCUCCGGCGGUUCCCAAUUCUACGCUGGCAAGGGCCUCGACAACACCGACUGCCACGCGUGCGUCGCGGGCGCGAUCGCGGGCGCCUACCACGUCCGUGCGGUUGCGGAGCAGUAUGGAGUGCCCGUGAUCCUCCACACCGACCACUGCUCCAAGCAGCUGCUUCCCUGGCUGGACGGCAUGCUGACUGCGAACGAGAGGUACUUCAAGACGCACGGCGAGCCGCUGUUCUCCUCGCACAUGAUCGACCUCUCCGAGGAGCCGCUGGAGGAGAACAUCGCGAUCUCGAAGCAGUACCUGGAGCGAAUGGCCAAGUUCAACUGCGCCCUCGAGAUGGAGCUGGGCAUCACCGGAGGCGAGGAGGACGGCGUGGACAACGAAGACGCCAACCCCGAGGAUUUGUAUUCGAAGCCGGAGGAGAUCUGGCAGGUGUACGAGGCGCUCUCCGAGGUGCCCGGUGGCGUGUUCACCGUGGCAGCCGCGUUCGGCAACGUGCACGGCGUCUACUCGCCUGGCAACGUGAAGUUGGAUCCCGAGAUUUUGGGCAAGGCCCAGACGUACAUUUCGGAGAAGCUGGACGGCAAGGCCGGUGACAAGCCAGUGAAGUUCGUAUUCCACGGCGGUUCUGGUUCCGACCUCAAGGACAUCCGCCAGGCCAUCGACUACGGCGUGAUUAAGAUGAACAUCGACACUGACACCCAGUGGGCGUAUUGGAGCGGCAUCCGCGAAUUCGAGGAGAAGUACCGCCCGUACCUCGGGGCCCAGAUCGGCAACCCCGAGGGAGCGGACAAGCCCAACAAGAAGUACUACGACCCCCGCGUCUGCAUGAGGGCCGCAGAGGAGUCCACGGUGAAGCGCCUGCAGCAGUGCUUCGAGGACCUGAGAUCCGUCGGCUCGCUGGGCCUCGGGAAGCCCGAGGAGGCCUCGAACGUCCGGGGCCCGCGCCGCGGCGGGCUCCCCGCCUGA